AUGACACUCUCCAAAUCAUCCCCCCUCCUCAUCAUCGGCGCCGGCACCUGGGGCUCCUCAACAGCCCUCCAUCUCGCACGCCGGGGAUACACAAACGUAACCGCUCUAGACCCUUACCCAGUCCCCUCCGCCAUCUCCGCCGGCAACGACGUCAACAAAAUCAUCUCCUCGGGCCAGUACAGCACCAACAAAGAUGAGAUCGAAAUCAACGAGCUUCUAGCACGACAGGCCUUUGAAGGCUGGAACAAUGACCCGCUAUUCAAGCCGUACUAUCACGAUACGGGUCUGCUUAUGUCGGCCUCUACAUCGGCUGGAUUGGAUAGGCUAGGCGUUAAGGUGAGACCGGAAGGUGAUCCGAAUUUGGUCGAGUUGUCGAAGCCGGACGAUUUUCGGCAAUUGGCGCCGUCGGGGGUGUUGAGGGGUGGAUUUCCAAACUGGAGGGGGUAUUUUCAUCGUUCGGGGGCCGGGUGGGCUCAUGCACGGAAUGCACUGGUUGCUGCUGCGGAGGAGGCGCAGAGACUUGGUGUGAAGUUCGUUACAGGCACACCACAGGGAAAGGUUAUUACGCUUAUUUUCGAGAACAACGAUGUCAAGGGUGCUGUCACGGCAGAUGGUAAGAUCUGGCGUGCGGAGCAGACAUUCAUGUGUGCUGGUGCGAGUGCCAGUCAGUUCUUGGAUUUCAAGCAGCAAUUGCGUCCGACUGCAUGGACGCUGGUGCACAUCGCUUUGAGUCCGGAGGAACGGACUCUUUACAAAAAUCUCCCGGUGAUCUUCAACAUCGAAAAGGGCUUCUUCUUCGAACCGGACGAAGAAAAUGGAGAGAUCAAGAUCUGCGAUGAACAUCCUGGAUACACCAACAUGGAACAAUCGGCCGACGGGACGCCGCAAAGCAUUCCGUUUGAGAGAACUCAGGUGCCAAAGGAGUCGGAAGCGAGAGUCAGGGCUCUUCUAUCGGAGACCAUGCCCCAGCUGGCGAAUCGACCGUUCAGCUUUGCCAGGAUUUGCUGGUGUGCUGAUACACCGAAUCGCGAGUUUAUCAUCGACCGUCAUCCUCAUCAUCCUUCUUUGAUCUUGGGCUGUGGUGCUUCUGGGAGAGGCUUCAAAUAUCUCCCCUCAAUCGGAGGUAUCAUUGUCGACGCCCUGGAAGACAAGGUUGCUCCGAAGAUCCACGACCUUGUCAAGUGGGAUCCAGAGAUUGGCAAGAAUAGAAACUGGAAAGAUACUCUGGGGAGAUUCGGUGGGCCCAACAAGGUUAUGGAUUUCCACGAUGUCAAGGAAUGGACGAAUGUCAGGCAUAGAGAUAACUCCAAGCUGUAA